AUGACAUCGGAGAACAAACCCUCAGCUCGCGAAGCUGCUCAAAGCUUCAUCUCGAACCUCGCUUCUCGCCAAUUCGCCGCCCUAGGAGACCUCUUUGCGGCCGACGGCACUUACUGGGUGUCCGGCGAGAAAUCCAAGGUACCGUGGGCAGGAUCCAUGCUUGCUUCAGAGAGGCUUCCUCAGCUCCUAGCUAUGCACGGAAACUUCACAAGCUUUAGCAUCGACCAAAAAACCCUUGUUUCCGAAGGUCGAAGGGCCGUGGUAGAGCUGAGUGUUCACGGAAUUGAUUCAGCCGGGGGCCGAUACGACAAUGAUGUCGUCAUGAUUUUCGAGGUCAAUGAAGACGGCAAGAUUGUGGCGUUGAGGGAGUAUCUCGAUAAUAUGCAACCACUUGCUUAUUUUGCAUCGAAAGGUUCAUCAGUAGAUGGUGUAUUGGGCUUGGACAGCAAAACAUCUUGA